AUGGUGAAUCAAAUGUCAAAAUCUUUCUGUUUCUUUGCCAUCUUGGUUUUAUUUGUUGCAGUCCAAUUAAUACAGGUAGAAGGUGAAUGCACAAAAGUUGUGGGUGAUUGUGGUGCAGCAAAUUGUGCCUCACAUUGUAAUUCCUAUGCAAGAGGUGCUCGUGUUUUAGGAUCAUCAUGCUCAUUCAACAACUUAUGUACUUGUACUUUUGAUCGACCACCACCAGGAUCAGAACAACCUGCCUGUGAUGUUGGGAUGGGACUCUGCACUCGUGACUGUCAAGAUGAUUGUUGCAACAACAAGUGUGUUAGUAGAUUUACCAAAACUGGUCAUGGGAGUUGUGUUGAUGCCUUUAACAUGAUUCUUUGUCUUUGUUCCUAUAAUCGUUGA